AUGAGUGAGGAACAAAUAGGUUUGAGCUUGGAGGAUCCCGAACUACAGAAACGGUUUUUAACGCCAUUUUUAGCGAAAAGAGUUCCACCCAUCACUAAAGAGGAAGACAGAAAACCUUUCACCCAGAGUUCUUUCAACAUCAUAUCUAGCACUUUCUUCUGGUGGCUCAUUCCAGUGUUGAAUAUCGGUUACAAGAGAACUUUAGAGCCCAGCGAUUUGUUAUACUUGACCGACGAACUUAAAGUAGAGGCCCUAGCUGAACGUUUUGAUUAUCAUUUUAGCAAUCAGAUUGAAAAAGAGCGUUUGAAGUUCUAUGAAAAUAUAGAAAAAAUGAAGGAUUUAGAAAAGAAUUCAACCAAAAUUGGUGUAGAGUUCAAUCCGUCGAAAUGGGCAACGUUCUUCGCAGUUCUAUACACAUUUAGACGACAGUACGCAUGGGCAUGCAUUUAUAUGGUGAUAAGUCAAUUGGCUCAGGUUUGUGGGCCCCUACUUACCAGGAAGUUGAUUCAGUUCGUUGAGAUGCACGCAUUGGGGCGCGACAAUAAUGUUGGUAACGGAGUGGGCUACGCGAUCGGUACGACUAUUUUGUUGUUCCUAUCAGGAGUGUUUCUAAAUCACAGCUUCUACAGAGCCAUGGUGGUUGGUAUCCAAACCAAAGCAGUAUUGACCAGAGUUAUGUUACGAAAGUCAUACAAAUUGAGCGAACAAUCGAGAAUCAAGUUCCCAGUAUCAAAGAUAACAUCAAUUAUGGGAACUGAUUUAUCCAGAGUAGAAUUCGGUUUCCAUUUUCAACCCUUUUUGAUUGCAGCGCCUAUUCCAAUUGGGGUGUCGAUUGCUAUUUUAUUGGUCUAUAUUGGCCCAGCAUCUUUGGUUGGGCUUGGAGUAUUGGUUUUAUUUUUCAUUUUCAUGGGAGUGGUUGCCAUAUCGCUCUUUACCUUGAGGAAACAAGCCAACUUGUUCACAGAUUUAAGGAUCGACACAAUCAAGGAGGUGCUAAAUAAUUUGAAGAUCAUUAAAUUUUUCUCAUGGGAACCUCCUUAUCAUGACUAUAUAUCGGAUGCAAGAAGAAAUGAAAUGAGUGUUGUCUACAAAAUGCAGAUAAUUAUACAUAUACUCUUUUCUUUAGCUAUGACUACGACAUUGUUUACUUCAAUGGCGUCUUUUUUGGUGUUGUACGCUGUCGGGGGUAGUAGGGAUCCGUCAAAAAUCUUUGCUUCGCUUUCAUUAUUCAAUAUUUUGAGCCAGGAGCUCAAUGUCAUCCCUAUUGCCGUUGCAACUGGAUCUGAUACAUUUUUAGGUUUAUCUAGAGUAGGGGAAUUCUUAGCAGCCAGAGAGGAGGAUGCCCAACCUUUUGAUGACGACGAGUUAGAGAAUCUGGUGAGAAUAGAAAAGCAAAGCUUUUCUAUUGUAAUGAAACACGCUUAUUUUGAGUGGGCUGCUGUGAAUCGCGAUGAAAUCGAAGAAGCAAAAGCUGAUGAAGGUGAAUUUGAAUUUAAGAACAAUAAGAAAGGCAAAAUGAAUGAAAAGAGGAUCCAGAAAGGUCCCCCUAAUGAAAAAAGACGGGAACAGUUUCAAAUCUCUGAUGAAAUGGGUUUGAACAAGGCGAUGAUAAAUGUCAAGACCAAUGAGACAACAGAGUAUUCCGGUAACUUGCCAUCGGGUGAUACUUCUUCCGACGAAAACACCUUUGAGGGAUUGAAGAAUCUAAAUUUGGAAAUCAAAAAGGGCGAGUUUGUUGUCAUUAUGGGGCUGAUUGGUUCAGGAAAGUCGUCUCUUUUGAACGCAAUGGCAGGUUUUAUGAAGCGUAUUGAUGGAAUGCUCAUUACAAAUGGAUCGCUUUUAUUCAGCGGUACUCCUUGGAUCCAGAGUGCGACAGUAAAAGAGAACAUUCUAUUUGGGUCCGAAUAUGACAAAGAAUUCUAUAAAAAAACUGUAUGGGCUUGUUCCUUAGAGAGUGAUUUGGAUAUACUACCCGCCGGAGAUAAUACUGAGAUCGGUGAAAAGGGAAUAACUCUCUCAGGUGGCCAAAGGGCCAGAAUUGACUUGGCUAGAGCAGUUUAUGCUGACAAGGAUAUAGUCUUACUCGAUGAUGUCUUGAGUGCUGUAGAUGCGAGAGUUGCAAAACACAUCAUGAAGAAUUGUAUACUUGGACUUUUGAAAAAUAAAACUAGGAUAUUAGCGACACACCAGCUAUCCUUUAUAAGUUCCGCUGAUAGAAUCAUAUUUCUAAAUGGUGAUGGCACUAUUGACGUUGGAAAUUUCGAUGAGCUCAGAAUGACUAAUCGUGACUUUAAAAAAUUAAUGAAAUUCAACAUAGAACCAAAAAAGAUGGAAGUGGAGGAGCAGCAACAGCAAGAAAGUAAGAGUGAUAUAGAGGAAGUUUGCUCUGAUGACGAAGGGUUUGGUAUAAAGGAGAAGGAACUUAUUUAUCGUCAGUUUCUGAAGCUCUCGAAGUUUUCUUCACUUGAUCAGGGCGAGGAACCCUUAUACUUGGAUUUCAACAAGGACAAAAGUGUGAGCCAUGUUUUAAUGAAGACAGAGGAGAAAGCAGUUAAUAGUAUUAAAAUUGGUAUCUACAAGACGUAUUUCAGAGAGGGAUCAGGAAUAUUCCCUAAAUAUUUGACUACUGUCGCAGUUGUACUCUUCUCUGCCUUUACCACAUUUUGCAUGUUAUUCACGAACACAUGGUUAUCUUUUUGGGUCUCGCAUAAGUUCAAAGGAAUGUCCAAUGGGAUGUAUAUCGGUAUCUAUGUUAUGUUCGUGGUUUUGUCCUUAGUUUUCAUGAUCUUUGAAUCUAUAGCUUUGGUAUAUUUAUCAAAUAAAGCCUCUGUGAGAUUGAAUAUCAUUGCUAUAAAGAAUAUUCUACAUACCCCGAUGGCCUUCAUGGAUACAACGCCUAUGGGUAGAAUUUUGAAUAGAUUUACGAAAGAUACAAAUACGGUUGACAGUGAACUUGGACAAGAAUUGAGAAUGUUAAUAUCGAAUUUGUCAGAUAUCUUUGGAAUCGUAGUUUUAUGCAUCGUAUACAUCCCAUAUUUUGUCAUUGCUGUACCUAUACUACUUUUAUUAGUUAUUAUUAUUGGUAACUACUAUCAAGCAUCAGCAAGAGAAGUGGUCAGAAUUGAAGCAGUUCAGAGAUCAUAUAUUUAUGACAACUUCAAUGAAUCACUUGAUGGUAUGUUCACAAUUAAACUGUUUCAUAAUGAGCUGAGAUUCUUCAAGAUACUUGAUAAGUUUAUAAAUAAAACAAAUGAGGCGAGCUAUUUGAUUGCGGCUAAUCAAUGUUGGUUGGGUGUUAAUUUGAACAUUGUGUCUUCAAUAUUUGUCCUUCUUCUUGGUCUUCUUUGCGUCAACAAGGUUUUCAAUAUCAAUGCUGCAUCUACAGGUUUACUUCUCUCUUAUGCUAUAGAAUUAGUCCUGAUGUUAUUUAUGUUCAUCAGAACGUAUAGUGAGGUUGAAAACAUCAUGAACUCAGUAGAAAGAUUGACUCAAUAUGCUUAUGAGUUACCCCAAGAAGCCUCUUAUACUUUAGGCGAUAUUGUCCCAGACAAGACCUGGCCCCAGAAAGGUUGCAUAAAAUUCGAUCUUGUUUCUUUGGCUUAUCGGCCCGGAUUGCCUCUUGCGUUGAAGGACGUGAGCGUUAAUAUCAAAGGGGGUGAAAAGAUCGGCAUUUGCGGACGUACUGGAGCCGGUAAAUCUACCAUCAUGAAUGCAAUAUAUCGUAUUCUGGAGUUGAGCUCUGGUGUUCUCAAGAUUGAUGGUGUCGAUAUUUCGAAACUAGGUCUCCACAUGCUUAGAUCAAAACUUACAAUCAUCCCACAAGAAUCAGUCCUAUUCCGAGGAACUAUAAGGAAGAACUUAGAUCCAUUUGGAGAAUACUCUGACAUCCAUUUAUGGAAUUUUUUGAAAACGUCUGGUAUCAUCGAGGACUCGAAGUUUGAAUCUGUGAAGGAGCAGAACAAAGACGAUCCAAAUUUGCACAAAUUCCAUCUCGAUCAUGUUGUAACUGAAAGCGGUGGCAAUUAUUCAUUGGGAGAGAGGCAAUUGGUUUCAUUUGCGAGGGCCAUCGUUAGAGAUCCCAAGAUUUUGAUUUUAGAUGAAGCUACAUCGUCAGUUGAUUAUGAAACAGAUGAGAAGAUCCAAAUUAACAUUGUUAAAACAUUUUCUCAAUGUACCAUUCUAUGCAUUGCUCAUAGGUUGAGGACGAUUUUGAAUUAUGAUAGGAUUAUAGUGAUGGAUAAAGGUAAGAUCAAGGAGCUAGACACUCCAUGGAAUUUAUUCAAUAAGGAGGAAGGCAUAUUUCAGCAAAUGUGUCGUAAAUCAGGUAUUGUUGCUCAUGAUUUUGUGCGCCCAUCGUCCACAUAA